GUUAAGACUCCAACAUGCAUGAAGAGACUAACUUUAACUGUCUCCCGCUGCGAACCCUCCAUCAAAGCCCUGAUAACCCAAAACCUCCAUCCACAAGCUCUCAGGAGUUCCCUCUCUUAUCACUCUCCACUCCUCACAGACCAAAUCUACUCUCAUUUCAUCAAAUCAGGCCAUUCUCUAAACCCCUUCCUGUGCGCCACUCUCGUCUCUCACUUCUCCAAGCACGCCGACUUCUCACGCGCCCUUUCCUUCUUUCUCGACACCCCAAAUCCUGAUACGGUCUCUUUCAACUCCCUCAUUUCUGGGUUCGCUCGGUCUGGCCGAACCGGACCGGUUUUUGAGUUGUUUAAUGGAUUGAGGCAAUUGGGUUUGAAGCCUGACGUGUUCACGUUGAGUGGUUUAGUUAAAGGAUGUGAGAGGUUAGAAGAGAAUGAGAUUGUUCAUGGGGUAUGUUUGACAUUGGGGUUCGGAAAUAGGGCUUUUCUUGUUAGUGGGUUGAUUGAGAAUUAUGCAAAAAGUGGGAACUUGGUUUCAGCUGAGAAGUGUUUCAGGGAGUGUUUGGAUGUUGAUAAUGUUGUUUUUACGGCUAUGAUUAGUGGGUAUUUUUGGAAUGGGGAAUUUGACAGGGGUAGAGAGGUUUUUGUGGAAAUGAGGGAUUUGGGGUUUGAAUUGAAUGAGUUUAGCUUGACAGGUGUGAUCAGUGGAUUGUUUGAUCUGAAAGAAGGGCAACAGAUUCAUGGGAUUGGUGUAAAGUUGGGAUUUUUGUUUGGUGGUUCACUUCAUUUUAAUAAUGCUGUCAUGGGCAUGUAUUCUAGGUGUGGAAGUAGAAUGGAAGCUGUUAAGAUGUUUGAUGAAAUUACAGAUCCAGAUAUUGUCUCAUGGACUGAAAGGAUAGGAGCCGCUUUUGAUGGUUUGGAAGCUUUUGGAUUGUUUUCGAGUUUACAACAUAACGGUUUGGGAGUGAAUGAGUAUACAAUUAUCAAUGUUUUAUCUUCUCUUGCAGGAGAGGAGAUGUUAAGUUUAGGGAAGCAAAUCCAAGCAGUUUGUCAAAAGGAAGGGUUGUUGAAGGUGGUUUGUGUUGGCAAUGCAUUCAUUUCUUUGUAUGGUAAAUGUGGGGAAAUGGAUGAUGCGAGGUGCAUCUUUGAUGAUAUGGUUUCUCAGGAUUCUGUUUCUUGGAAUUCACUGAUUGCUGGGUAUUUGGAUAAUGGAUUUGUUAGUCUGGCUUUUGAGAUGUUCUCUAAUAUGCGUGAUUUUAAUGUAGAAGUGAAUUGUUAUACUCUUGCUAGCAUUCUUGAAGCAGUAUCAGACUCAAAUUCUUUGCACCUUGGAAUGCAGAUACAUUCAUAUAUGGUUAAAUGUGGACUCAUGUUUGACAAUUAUAUCAUGUCUUGCUUGAUAACAACAUAUGGGAGAUGCGGCACCACUGAUGAAGCAAGAAGGGUAUUUUCUGACAUUAAUAAUAUAAGUGUCAUGCGCCUUAAUGCAAUGCUGAGUACUUUGGUCAAUGCUAAUUGUCAUGUUGAUAGUCUAGAUUUCUUCCGAAACACAGUGGGUUCAAUCCUUGAAAUAGACAGCAAAACUUUUAGCAUCAUUCUUAAAGCUUGCAGUGCUAUGACAGAUCUGGAACAAGGAAGAGGGAUUCAUUCCCUGGCUCUUAAAUCUGGAUUUUAUCAUGAUUGCUUUGUUGAGACUGCUGUUAUUGACCUCUACUGUAAGUGUGGAAGCAUAGGUGACGCAGAGAAGGCCUUUAGAUAUGCAUCUAUAGACAACUUGGCUGCAUGGAAUGCAAUGAUAACAGGAUAUGCUCAGCAUGGUUGUUAUAAUGACGCUUUUAAGCUUUAUGAUAAAAUGACUGAAUGUGGAAUCAAACCAGAUGAGAUAACUUACCUUGGAAUUCUUACUUCAUGCUGCCAUACAGGGCUAGUGCUAGAAGCACAACAUUACAUGAACUCUAUGGUUGAGUGUCAUGGUUUAAUCCCACAUUUAGAGCAUUAUGCUUGCAUGAUUGAUCUGCUUGGCCGAGUAGGACUACUAGAAGAUGCCAAGAGGACAAUAGAUCAAAUGCCUAUUGGACCAGAUGCUCGUAUAUGGCAGAUUCUCCUAUCAGCAUGCAGCAUCCAUGGAAAUGUUGACUUGGGAAGAAUUGCAGCGAGCAAACUUCUUGAACUGCAGCCUAAUAAUGAAUCUGCCUAUGUUCUUCUUUCAAAUCUUUGUGCUUCAGCUGGUAUGUGGAAUGCUGUGAGAAAAUUGAGAAGAGAAAUGAAGGAAAAACUACUCUGCAAGGAACCUGGUUCUAGUUGGAUUCAAGUAAAAGGAUCCAUGCAUUACUUUUUUGCUGAUGACCUGUUGCACCCUGAGCAUAAAGAAAUAUUUUUGGAGCUGACAAAGUUGUAUGAACAUAUGCAAGCUUCACUAAUAGUUGAACAUGAUGGUACUUUUCUAUGGGAUUUAUGACCAUCGAAGAGGAUUCAAUAUCAUUUAUAUUGCAACCGAGAAUAUAGGUGCACUUGGUCUGUGCCUUCCAUUUCCUUACCUACGUUAGCACCAAUAUUCAUUCUCUAAUCAGGACGGAUUAUAAAAUCCACUUACUCAUACAAUUUA